CUGCUGCUGCGUCCGCCUCCCGACUGCACCGCCGCCUGCCCCAGCCAUGGGUCGACAGAAGGAACUGGUGUCCCGCUGCGGGGAGAUGCUCCACAUCCGCUACCAGCUGCUUCGCCAGGCGCUGGCUGAGUGCCUGGGGACCCUCAUCCUCGUGCUGUUUGGCUGUGGCUCUGUGGCCCAGGUCGUGCUCAGUCGGGGCACCCACGGUGGUUUCCUCACCAUCAACCUGGCCUUUGGCUUCGCCGUCACCCUAGGCAUCCUUAUCGCUGGCCAGGUCUCCGGGGCCCACCUGAACCCUGCCGUGACCUUUGCUAUGUGCUUCCUGGCGCGUGAGCCCUGGAUCAAGCUGCCCGUCUACGCCAUGGCUCAGACUCUAGGAGCCUUCCUGGGUGCCGGGAUCGUUUUUGGGCUGUAUUAUGAUGCAAUCUGGGCCUUCGCCAACAACCAGCUUAUAGUUUCGGGCCCCAAUGGCACAGCCGGCAUCUUUGCCACCUACCCCUCUGGACAUUUGGACAUGGUCAAUGGCUUCUUCGACCAGUUCAUUGGCACAGCCUCCCUCAUCGUGUGUGUGCUGGCCAUUGUGGACCCCUACAAUAAUCCUGUCCCGCGUGGCCUGGAGGCCUUCACUGUGGGCCUGGUGGUCCUGGUCAUCGGCACCUCCAUGGGCUUCAACUCUGGCUACGCCGUCAACCCCGCCCGGGACUUCGGCCCUCGCCUUUUCACAGCCGUUGCCGGCUGGGGCUCGGAAGUCUUCACGACCGGCCGCCACUGGUGGUGGGUGCCCAUCAUCUCCCCACUCCUGGGUUCCAUUGCGGGUGUCCUCGUGUAUCAGCUCAUGAUCGGCUGCCACCUGGAACCGCCUCCACCCUCCACCGAUGAGGAGAAUGUGAAGCUGUCCCACGUGAAGCACAAGGGGCAGAUGUGAAUGGGCAGGGGGCCUCCCCCCAACCCCCUCUCAUGAACAUCCUUUGACUGUGCAGGGGCUGCUUCCUAGAAGCCCUCUUCACGACCCCCCUCCCAGGCUAAGAAGCUCCUUGUCUACCACCACCCCUCUAGACAGCCCCCUUCAGGAUUUUCCAUCCCGAAGGAAAUAGGACCCAAUAGGACCGCUGGCCUCUGCCUGUAAGCUGGUGGCACAGGGAGUAGGGCCAACCUAGUCCUUUGUCUCCCAAAGAGAGAGAAUGGGCAGCAGAUGUGUGCAUGUGCGUGUGUGUGGUUCUCCAGAUAUUCAGGGCAAAGGACCAAGUGGAAAGGAUUCUAUCUGUGGGCAUGCGGGGGAGGCCCGGAGGGAGGGAGGCUGUUGUGUCUAUCUAUGAGUGAGGAAAGCACCAGCGGUCUGCAUGUUUCAGGGGCUCUGUGUGGAGGAGGGUCCAGGUACAUGUGUUUCUUAGUAUGUGUGUGUCUGCUGUUUUUUCUACAUAGGGGGCUUCUAUAGGCUUUGGGGGAGGUAGGGUGGGAAUAUGAGUAGGGCGAGGAGGGGACCACAGCCCAGAUGAAGAGCUCUGGCUAUUCAUACAUAAGGAGGAGCAGAGUGAUGUGUUUCUGUCACAAUGGAGGCAUGAGGGGGGUGGGGUGAAGUCCAGGUCAUAAGUUUCACGUUUGCUCUAUAAAAAAAGAAUAAAAAAAGUGUAUAUAUAUAUAUAUAUAUAUAUGUGAGUGUGUGUGUGUGUAUAUA